AAAAAAGCAUGUUUUUGCUGGAUUAUAAGUUUUAAUAUUUAUGUUUAUUGUCCGACUACCAGCUUGUUCCUAGCUUAUUAUGUUAUCUUGGCGAGUGAGGGAUAAGUGGGCUGUGUCCCCCGCUCGCACUCACAGCUGGCGCACCAGCGGAGCAAGUCUUUACGCACAAGGCAUCAUUGGCUGAGAAGCCACGCGUGUCGCAGGGAAGACGACGAACCAGUAAACAGCUUGAAGCAAAGCGGUGAAGUAUCGGGCAGUUGGUGUCUGUGCGGAGUCUCAGCUACAGUUUGUCGAUCUGCGGACUGAUUUGGAUCGUUUUUAUUUCUGGAGCUGUCCGCGGUGCUGAAACAUGAAUCAAAGCGCAGGAGCAGUGCAGCACACUCGGAGAUACUCAGUGGAGGGAAAGAACGUAGGACCUAUUGCAACAGACAGAAACUGGAAAGGCAUUGGCAUCUCUCUGCUGGUUAUUGCAGUGGUGCUGUCACUCAUCGGACUGUCCAUUGUUCUGCUGUCAAAAGAUGAUGGUGGUAAACUAUUUGGUACACCACUGACAUUGGAUGACCUUUUUGAAAAAAAAUUCCAAAUACAUGAUCCUGAUGCGAAGUGGAUCAGUGAGGAUGAAAUAAUCUUUCGAAGCUGGGAUGGAGACGUUUUCAAAAUCAACACACGCACCAACGAGACAGACCUUCUGUUGAAAAAUACAACAUUUGCGACUUUUAAAGCGUCAAAGUUCGCAGUUUCUCCAGAUCUGAAUUUUGUCCUUUUGGGAUAUGAUGUCAAGCAGGUCUACCAGCACUCUUUCCUGGCAUCAUACCUCCUCUACAAUCUAUACACAAGGGAGGUGCGGGAGCUCAAUCCUCCAGAGGUGUCUGACUCAGUGCUCCAGUUUGCUUCAUGGGGUGUUCGGGGUCAACAACUGGUGUACAUAUUUGAAAACAACAUCUACUAUCAAAUGGAUGUUCAGAGCAGCUCGUGGAGGCUCACGUCAUCUGGGGAGGAGGGGGUUGUCUUCAAUGGCAUCUCAGACUGGCUCUAUGAGGAGAUGGUACUGCACACUCAGGUGGCCCACUGGUGGUCACCAGACGGCUCCAGAUUGGCUUACCUCACCAUCAACGACUCCCUGGUCCCUACAAUGUUCCUCCCCCGUUUCACAGGCUCCCUUUACCCUAGAGGGAAAGAGUAUCCUUAUCCAAAGAUGUGCCAAAUCAAUCCGUCUGUCAGACUCUAUGUCGUCACUCUGGAUGGCAGCGCUCUCACAACUGAACUGAAACCUCCUGACAGUUUUGAGAAAAGUGAGUUUUACAUUACCAUGGUGAAGUGGGUGACAAAAGAGAGACUGAGCGUACGCUGGGUGAAUCGAGCUCAAAACAUGUCUAUUCUUUCACUGUGUGAUGUAACACAAGACAUCUGUACAAAGAAACAUGUGAUGACAUCGGACAAGUGGCUGGAUCGUCAGAGGGAGGAGCCAGUGUUUUCCAAGGACUGCACAACAUUAUUCAUCACCAUGCCCUUGAAGCACGGUGGCAGCGGGACAUUCAACCAUAUCACUAUGAUCUCCAACCAAUCUGACAGUCAAGAAGUAAACAUGCGGCACCUGACCUCAGGAAGCUGGGAAGUCUCUCAAAUUCUGGCCUAUGACGAGGGCACAAACUCUGUUUAUUACCUGAGUACAGAGACAGGAGCUACUCAACAUCACUUGUACAGGGUCUCCAGUGUGGAUCCGUUUCAUAAAGAAUGCCUAACCUGCUCCCUUUUCAAAUCAACAUGCUCCUACCAUGAUGCUGUGCUCAGUCCCACCUAUCAGCAUGUUCUUCUCAACUGCAGAGGACCUGGAAUACCCCAAACAACUCUCCACAAACUACAUGAUAUGAACACAGAGCACAAGAUUCUGGAAAAUAACAGAGAAUUAAAAAAUGCACUGAUAAACAGGACAAUACCCAAGUGGGAAAGAAGAACUGUACAAAUCAACAACUUUGCACUUCGCCUGGAGUUAAUCGUCCCGAUAGCUUUGGAUGAAGCGAAGGAGUACCCACUUUUACUUGUCCUUGACAGCACCCCUGGUGGUCAGGCUGUGAGUGACCGUUUUUCCCUGAGCUGGGACUCUGUUCUGGUCAGUUCCAAUGAUGUCAUUGUGGCCCAUCUGGAUGGGCGGGGCAGUGGCUGCCAGGGUCAGAGGAUCUUACACGAGGUUUUCCAGAGACUGGGAACUGUUGACGUUCACGAUCAGCUCACAGCACUCGAGCAUCUGGUAAAGCUGCCCUAUAUUGAUGCCAACAGAGUUGGAGUUUAUGGAAAGGCAUAUGGAGGCUUCUUGUCCACACUCCUGGUCCUUUCCCACAGCUCUGUGUUAAGGUGUGGCAUUGCUGUCACUCCUAUAACAAACUGGAGAUUGUAUGGGUCUGCCUUCACUGAGAAAUACUUUGGCUUUCCAGCAAGAGAGGACCACAAAUACCAGAUUUCCAGUCUGCUCAGCAACAUCACAGGACCUGCAAGUCCAUUGAACUUUCUUAUUAUCCACGGCACAGCAGAUGCCAAUGUUCAUUUCCAGCAUUCUGCUGAGUUGGUCAAACUGCUGUCUGCAUCAAAUGUUAACUACACUCUCCAGAUAUUCCCAGAUGAAGGACACAACAUUAUUUCAGUAAAGAGUCAACACUACUUUCUGAGCUCAGUGCUGAACUUUUUCAACCGCUGCUUUGAGGAGGGGUACAAUGAAGAUGAUUAGCUCCAAGUAAGCUCCUGUGGUAAGGUGGUUUUAUGGAGAGUGCGCUGGAGCAACUGCUGUAGUGAGCCAGCGAUGAGAGGUUGUGUUUCCCUGAACAUCUGCUGCCUGAUAAAAAUGAUUAAUAAAACCCCACUGACCUAUAAUAUUUAAAUUAGGUCCCUUCACAUUUGUUGGAAUGCAAAGAAAGUUAGAGCAGUGAAUCUGAGGUUGUGGGGAAAAACAAAAGAUAGGUUAAUAUUAUACUACCAUUAAGAGUUCUGUUUUGAAUGUUUGUACCAUGUAAUGCAUACAAAUGUCAGGGAAUCAAAGAAACUUGUAUUUUUUUUUGUAUCUUUCCUCAAAUCUACUGUGAAUUCAUGUGAAUACAUUCUGUGAACAGAGAAAAAUCACCUAUAAAUCCACCAAAUCGUAUCACUAUCAGACCGAAUCACCAAACAGUUCCUGCAGGUGCCUUUACCUCAUAUAGUCUUUUCUGAGCUUCGGGCAAACACAGCAAUACAAAAAUAUCGUAUGACAAUAUGUAACAGAGAGUGAAAUGGGGUUUAGCCAUGCUGUUUAAAUCAGGUAAAGAAAACCUUUAAUAUGAAAGUUUCAAAAAGGAAGUUACUGUGAGUCUUAGUUUUUUGUAUUUCUUCUUUUAUCUUUGUUAGAAGGAACCUGUGUGUCUGUUCAAGAUGAAUCUGCUAUUUGGGUGCACAUUGCCAUGUGACAUAUUAAAAGUAUUAAUUGUGUUAUUCAGGGAAGAUUUCUUAGUUUAACAAUAUCUUCAUCUAUGUUUUUAGAAAUAGAUGAAUAAAUUUCAGAUGUUUGUGACCAGCUUGAACCUUUACUGUUCCACACAGUGUUUAAUAUCCACAAAAUGUGAAAAGAAAUUAAAGUGGAGAAUGGAGAAAGUUCAUGUGUAAGAUAAGCAGUCUAUGCUGUACAGUGCGCUUUGGCCACAACAGAACUGUAAUAAAUACUGCAUCUUUCCUCCAGUAGCAAACUGAUUGUUUGUUGACCAUAACCCUGUGCUGCUCACACUUCUACACUUGCCUGACAAACUGCAUCUCAUGUACCAUAUAUAUAUUGCCCUCUGUAGUUGACAUUUGUAUACUUGGAAACAUUUGUACGCUCAAAUAAACUGACAAACUUGA